GUGCCCGCGGGGUGCGUGCGGUGAGCGGUGCCGGGUGGGACCGGGCGGCGGAGGUGGCCGAGCCUGUGACCCGUGUCCCCCGGGGCGCCCCCGGUUUCUCGCAACCUACAAUAGCCUGACAGACAAACACCUGGCUGGAUAUUUCAGCAAUGCCAAGAUACGACGGCAUCUUCGGAGAUCAGGACUGAUCUCAAGGAGUGGGAGAAUAUUGUCUGAGAAGGAAUACCGGCUGAAUGCCAUGAAGAGAGAUCAGCAGAGAUAUGUACAGGAGUGCCUGGCUCGGGCCAUAUUUCAUAAGGUCCUUGACAUGGAGCGUCACCAUCAGCAGGAAAUGAGAAGGAAACUUGAAAAUUCCAUGAAGAAGGAGAGGGUGCAGAAAAUCAAGGUGCAACAAUCCAGAAGAUCAGUGGAAGGUGCUAGCUAUAUGCAUGCCCCAUUUCCACCCCUUGGGCCAAGGAAUCGCUAUGGGCUCCAUCCUUUAGUGGCUGGAGAACCAGCUGGUCACUCCCAAGCGAGGGCACCUGCACCUGCAGUUGGUUAUACUGGUGGACAUCCUUCUCAGCAGCACCAGGCCAAGGAGCCAGCCUUUUCUAAGAUGACUUCCUGGCGACCCAAUACAGCCCCAGGACACAUGCAGCGCCCGCCUCGCCUCCAGCCCCUUCGCUGUGCUGCCGCGGGGUCUGUACCAAAGGCUUCCAGCUCCAAACACAAGUGCCACGCGCUUGGGAAUAGCCAGCAGUUUGCCAGUGAGGAGGAGAGGAGCGGGUUGAGGCUCAUGACCCCAGUGGAGUAUGUGCCCGGCACAGCCCGGAACCAGCUCCCUGCCAUUAGCAGCCACAUGGUGCCGGUGCCACCACCCCCCCUGCAGAGAGGAGACCGGGACGUCAACGCAGUGAGAAACAGGGUGCCCAGGGGCAGGAGGUUCCGUCCCACCACGGCACCAAAUGGCCUGGAGCAGCUUCUGACAAAGAGUUCUGGAGGAUUCCCGAAGCCCUCACCACGCAGCAAUGUGUUUGUUACCAUGGUCUUUCUAGGAAAAAGUGUGCAUUUAUCUCACGAUGGCGCUGCUUACAGAGAUGAAAUCAAAGUCUAUCAGCAGCAUUGCGGAGGAGAAAACCUUUGUGUCUACAAAGGCAAGCUGUUGGAAGGAGAGACCUUUCAGUUCAUCUCAAAGAGACACCACGGCUUCCCAUUCAGCCUCACCUUUUUCCUCAACGGGAUGCAAGUGGACAGGCUGAGCUGCUGCUGUGAGUACAAACACCAGAAGCGCUCCAGGCUGGGCGGCAGACACGGGUACUUCGGGUUCCUCAAUGUGGAGGGAGCAUCUCCUUGCUACAGGUGCAUUAUUGCAAUGGGUCUGGACAAAAAGCCAUCCCCUCCCAAGAGAAAGAUGGAGGACCAUGAGGAAAAUCCUGUGGGUUCCUGGAGAGAUGGAGAGCACAGUGAGCCAAAUGAAAGCAGUGUUGAGCAGAAACCAAGCAAAGCUUCGUUGUUAGUCAUCAUACCAGGUCAUGAAGCCAGUGUGGAAACUGUUGAGGAUAAAAUGGAGAACAAACAGGAGUACAGAAAAGAAGAAAAGGAAGAACUGUCUGAUCGUGAGAGUGAAGAUAGUCAGAAAGACACCAGUAAAACCGAGUAUGAUGAAGAUUUUGAGGCAGAUGAAGAAGUUAAUGAAGUGGGACAGACUGGUGACCAAAUGAAUGGAAUGUCAAAGUCAUCCUCAGAUGAUAAACUUCAUAAUUUAGACUAUGAAAAAGAGAGUAAAACCUCAUCCCCGAACGCACUGCAGGCCUCCGACAGUGAGAAGGAGCAAAGCGAUGGAUAUUCCGACAGCGACUCCGAGGAUGAUAAACGAGACGGGAGGGCUGCACACUCUGUCUCAUCCAUCAGCACCCAGUACAGCAGUGACAGUGACUCCGAUGCUGAAACGAUGGAAGACGACGUUAAGGGCAAAGAGGAGCAUAACAUCAGACUGGCAUCUGAUGAUGUAGAACAUGCAUCUGCAUCUGCAGAGCUGCUCAGAAUGGAGGAAAAUCAGGAAACUUUUACACUGGAAAAGGAAGGAAUAGAUGAAACAGAAAAGGCAGAAGCAGAAGAUCUAACAGUAAGGGAAGAUACUGGAAUUUUUGAUGAAAAUAUAAUGGCAAUAGAGCGGCAAAGUCCUGAAGUUCCUGAGGAACUCAAACAGGCUGGGUCAGGAGAAGGUGACAUCAGGGAAGACAGGGAGAAGAAUGCGAGUGCCAGGAGGGAUGACGGGAAGGAAAGUCUUCUAGUGCCUUUGGAAAGUGAUGUGAUGCAAGGGGAAGACAGCAAUGAAGGGUCUCCUCGGGGUGACGGUGAAGGUGGUUCUGAAGAUUGCCAAGCAUUCCAGGAGGAAACAGCAAUGGCAACUGGAAGUGAUCUUUAUGUGAAUUCUCAGCCUGAACCUGGUGAUUCCCGUGCAGAAGAGGGAGAGGAGAACAUAACAAGUACAGAGCGUGGUGCCAGUGAAGCACCAGAUGGAGCUUUCUUGGCAGAAGGGACAAGACCACUUGACGUACAGAAGGCAGCAGAACAAGUGGUAGAAGAAGGGCAGAUGGUAGGGGAGAGAGAAGCUCUUGAGAAGGAAGGUUUUGUUGCUGAGGGAGGCGAUGCUCGCACUGAAGAGGCAGGAGAAGACGUGGCACGGGCAGGAGACUCACUGCCCGAGGAAGACACGGUGGCUGUGCUGCAGGUGGAGGAAUCCACACCUCAGGAGAGCACCAUGGCAGGAGAGGAGCCCAGGGCAGCAGUGUCACCUGAGGAGCAGGAGGGAGUGAUGGAGGGGACGGAGAGCGAGGCAGCACUGGGAGAGCAGGUCCCCGGGGCAGAGGAGCCAGCAGUGAUGCUACUGGGCAAGGAGGAAGAUGGAGUGGUGGCCCAGGGGCAGGAGGUCGCCGGGGAGGUCCCGGGGGCAGAGGAGGCUGUGGAGGAGGUCCCAGGGACAGAGGAGGCUGCAGGAGCCCCAGGGCCGGCGGUGAAGGAGGGGGUGGAGGGGGCAGAGGGGACCGUGGAGGAGGGAGGUUUUCCAGGGAAGGACGUGGUGGAGAGGAGCCUGUAG